UACAAGUCCCGGCUCUCCGGCCCUAAGCUCGUGUAGUACUGGGUUCGGUUUUGAACGCAGAGAGCGAGCGGGAGUGUGUGACAGGACCGGAUUCAGUACAGCUGAUUUGCGAUGGCUGCAGACAGUGUUGCCCAGUUGACCGACUCUCUGGCUAAGACAGGAGUAGUGGAGGUAGAGCUGAGCUACAAAGGACAGGGAAGAAAGCUGGAUGAUGCCAAGUCAGUGUCGGACAUGGUUAAGGAGAUCCAGGAAUUUGAUGAUUUACAAGCCCUGAGGUUGGAGGGAAACACCGUAGGGGUGGAGGCAGCAAAGGCCAUCGCCAAGGCCCUAGAGACAAAGAGCAUGUUCAAGCGCUGUUAUUGGAGUGACAUGUUUACAGGGCGCCUGCGCUCUGAGAUCCCAGCUGCCUUGAAUUCCCUUGGUGACGCUGUGAUGCUGGCAGGGGCCCGGCUGACCGUUUUAGAUCUCAGUGACAACGCCUUUGGGCCUGAUGGGGUGAAGGGAAUCGAGAAGUUGCUCAAGAGCACGGCCUGCUACACGUUGCAGGAGUUACGUCUCAACAACUGUGGCAUGGGCAUCGGAGGGGGAAAGAUCUUGGCUGCUUCUUUGAUCCAGUGCCAUAAAAAAUCCAGUGCAGAAGGCACCCCGCUCGGCCUCAAGGUGUUUGUUGCAGGGAGGAACCGCCUGGAGAACGAUGCAGCCACUGCCCUCGCUCAAGCCUUCCAGUUGAUGGGCAGCCUGGAGGAGGUUCACAUGCCUCAGAAUGGCAUCAAUCACCCUGGGGUGACGGCUCUGGCCAAAGCCAUGCAACACAACUCAGCCCUCCGCAUCCUCAACCUCAACGACAACACCUUCACUGAGAAGGGGGCUAUCGCCAUGGCUCAGGCGCUGAAACACCUACGCAACAUCCAGGUGAUAAACUUUGGAGACUGUCUGGUGCGGCCAGCAGGAGCCAUAGCUAUUGCAGAAGCUGUUUCAGAGGGACUACCAAUCCUCCGGGAACUCAAUCUGUCAUUUGGCGAGAUUACGGAAGAUGCAGCUCUGGCUGUAGCACGAGCAGUGAAGGGCAGAGACAAGCUGGAGAAACUGGAUCUAAAUGGUAACAGUCUAGGAGAGGACGGAUGCAAAACUCUGAAAGAUGCCAUGGAGGCCAUGAAGAUGGGCCAGCUUCUAGGAUCGCUCAGUGACGACGAGGGCGAGCCAGAUGAUGAUGAUGACGUGGACGAUGAGGACGAUGAGGAAGAAGACGAUGAUGUGGACGAAGAGGAAAUAGAGGAGGAGGAGGAAGAAGAGGAGGAGGAGGAGGAGGAAGAGGAAAGCACUGGCAUCAAGGUGUCCACCCCUUCAUCUGUAUCCCGGCCGCCAGACGUCUCAUCUUUCCUCAGCUUUCCGUCCCCAGACAAACUGCUCAAACUAGGGGCCAAGAGAGCGAUGCUGAUCGAGGAGCAGGUGGAUGUGUCAGAUCCUACAAAAACAGCGGAAGCCUUCCUCAAGAUUGCAUCUGUGUACAAGGAGGAGAAUAAUGACGUUAAGAACGCUGUGUUGGACAGCAUCGAUGCCCUCCUGAAGAAAGCUUUUUCCACUCCGUCCUUCCAAGGCUACAGCUUUGUAUCAUCUUUGUUAGUGCUGCUUGGACUUCUCAAGAGCGAGGACAAGGUGAAGCCUGUGCUUGUGGUCCCCGGCCACCUCAACGCCUUGGAGCACGUUGUUAGACAGGACUACUUCCCCAAAGAGAACGUGGCCGUGCUGCAGGCCUUCCUGUCCCGGUAAGGGCGUGACCGAAUGAGCCAAUCAGCUGGCAGCUUGCAGAAACAACAAAGCUCUGGAUUCAUGUGGCAAUGCCAGAAACAGCCUCCAGUCCACACUGCAGAGAGUCAGAUGUGAGGGCUGAGGACUGUGGAUACAGACACACAGACUGAACUUUGAAUUAUUACCGAUUGACCUUCGGAAACCAGCACACACAAGCUUAACUUUUAAGGACAAGAAGGCUGCGCAGCACCCGGGUCAAACAGACUCACUCCAUCAUCACCACUGUCCUUCAUAAGUUCAGCAACAAACCUCUUCCUGGACUCCGGACUGGGCUUGAAUGCUUUGUGUGUCUGCGUAAAGUAUGCCCUUAUGUUGUCAAAAUAAUUUAAGUGCUUUGUGUACACACGUACGACCACAGGACAGCACUGACAACUUGGCCUGUGUACUUUGGCAAAUAGGACCUCACUCCCCACUGAAACAUAGACAUGUGUCUCCUGUCUAGAGACAUCUGACUGACCGACGCACAGAUUACGCUUUAUACUUUGGUGUAAAGCUCUAAACACAAAGGAUCUAUGCUCAAAGUGUCAGUCACUCCAAAUGUUAUUUUAUAUUUCAUGCAUUUUGAAUAUUCUGUGGUUUUAUAUUCAAUGUUUAUACAGUUCAUUGAUAUGGUCAAACAUUGUUACAAAUAAGCAUCGACGAUCAAUGUGAUAACACUGUAAAAUACAAUCUAAUCCAUCAAAGGGGAUAACGUUUGUUUAAAUGUAUUUUCUGCCUUUAAAUGGGGGAGACGUUGCAAAGUUGGAGAUUUGUGUUGCGAAAUAAAGCUUGUGUGAUUUUUCAAUGUC